AGGAGGAUAAAGAAUGGCACUCUUUCGGUCCCUGGUCUUUCGCGCAGUGCCACAGAGUCAUUCCGCCGCAGCCCUCUCCCGUGGCACUCUCCGUCUCCCCUCUGCCCGGUGCCUUAGUAGCGCCAAGGAAAUCCCGGGGCCAAAAGCACUUCCCAUUGCUGGCGUUUUGUUCUCCGUGUUAUCAGAUAAAGAUUUUGACAAGAAUAACAUCCAUCUAUAUUUCAAGAAGCUUUUCAAGAUAUAUGGUCCUAUUGUCAAGCUGAAGUUCCCGGGAAAACCAACUAUGGUCAUCCUCAGUGACCCAGAGGACAUGAAGUGGAUCCAUCACUACACCAAGGACAACCCCGUGAGACUGGGGCUUGAGGCACUUCAUAAGGCCCGCUAUUUAGACGAGUAUUUUGAAAAGAAGGGAGGUAUUACUGUUGAAGAUGGAGAGGAGUGGUGGCGGGUGAGGAAGAGGGUUGGGCCGCCUGUAAUGAAGCUAGCCAAUAUCAGGCAAUAUGUACCUGGCAUGGAUGGCGUUGCUGUUGACACUCUUGACAGAAUUUCCAAAGAGAGGAAUGAAGAGGGCGAGCUGACUUCCGAUCUCUUGUCUUUGAUAAAAAAAUUUUCACUUGAGAGUGUUUGUCUAAUUUCUCUCAACAGGCGACUAGGCAGCUUGGACCCGAACUUCACCCAGGACGCGGAGCAGAUGAAGUGCUACACAGCCGCCCUGGAGCUCUUGAGAUGUAUCUUUGAGUGCGAAGAAAAUCUCAUGUGGAAAAUUUACCCAACCAAAACUUUCAAGACAUUACAGAAGUCUUUGAAGACGCUGACAGAAGUGUGUGACAGGACGCUCUGGGAAUUCAAAGAGGAGAUGAAAGAGAGGAACAAGAGGGACCCUAAUCAUAGCCCUAGCUUGAUGGAACAACUGCUGCUGGAUUCAGAACUCUCGCACAAGGACAUUGUCACCUUCAUGAUAGACCUCCUACCUGGCGGAACAGAGACGACAACGAGUGCCAGCUUAGUGCUCUUCUAUCUCCUGGCCAAAUACCCAGAAAUUCAAGCCAAAGCCCAAGAGGAGGUCGAUCGCGUGCUUGGAAGGGACCUGACUCCAAUCACGCCCGAGCAAUUGAAUCAAUUGUCUUAUAUCAGAGCAACGUUGAAAGAAAGCUUAAGGUUAUUACCACCUGCUAUAGGUACAGUUAGGGUACUACAGAAUGAUAUAAGAAUCAGGGGAUAUACACUUCAAAAAGGGUGGUGUUGUUUGAUGACAAGUGCAAUCUCUGGCUUGGAUGAGUCGCAGUUUGCUCAGUCACAAGACUUUGUCCCCGACCGCUGGCUGCAGCAUCGUCCACUGGGCCAGAUGCAUCCUUACGCCUCACUCCCAUUUUCACACGGAAAGCGCAUGUGCAUUGGUAUUCGCAUUUCGGAACAGAUUCUGUCUAUUUUAAUAGCAAGGACUCUCCAACAAUUCAACCUUGCGUGGAGAGGUGGGGACCUCCGCAGAAAACACACUCAAGUAUUUGAACCUGUGGGGCCAUUUCCCCUUACAUUUACAGAACGUAAUUAGGUUAUCAAAUAAGGCUUGGUAUCCCUGAAAGUGGUUUUUAUUUUACCAAAAUAGAAUUAUGGGAUCCUGGAUUCCACCCAGUGCUUAACCUGAGAAUUGUUUUUUUGAUUUUCAUACCAAAUAAUGCAAAAAAUCUGUUUUAGGAGUUUUGAAAAAAAAACUCAUGUUGUAACAUUCUUGUUGCAUUAUAUUGAAAUGUAAUAUUUUUCACGUAAGUUAUAAAAAAAAAUGUAAAGGACCAUCAUUCUCCUUUUGAAAUAAAAAUCAUCACUUUUAUGAAAGAAAUUCCAAUAACGGUCACUUUCAUCUGUUAUCAGACAUUUUGUAUUAUACUUGUCUUGUAUAUUACUUUUCAUGUACUAUUUGUAUAUUACUUUUUGUACUAUUUCAUGUAAUGUGUGAGCUACAUGUGUCUAUCUAAAUAUGUCUUCCGUUGCCCCAGAAGGGGAAUAAAUGUGUAAACUGG